UCGUGUUAGGAGGAACAGCAAGAGAGAUACGACCAUUUCGAACGACGAUGCCCACAUCCGUCGUUUCGUUGACAGAAUGAAAGUGUGCUGAGCAGCGAAAACAUACUACCAAACCAGCUGUGUCGUCAGUCCUCUGCAGUGAGCCUUGACUGCGGAUAUUUGGGCGGACGUAUGGUGUCGAUCGUCGUCUCCAAGCUCUGAUGGAGUCUGAAGAGACCCGGGCCUCUCUGCUUCAGGCCGUGGAAAUCUCGGUGAAAGAGCUCGAACGGAUAUUCUGCGGAGAAGAGCUGACGACAAAAGUGUGGCAAGUUCGCUACCUGAGUGAGCAUUUGGAUCGGAUCCUUCUAUACGGGCUCCGAACGCCGCUGCUCGGAUAUUGGCCGUUUGUGAAGGAAUUCAGCCAUGAGGAAACUACGCGAGAAAUCAUCUCAUUACCUAAAGUCAAUUCCAAUCUCGGUUACGGCCGAGCCUGGCUCCUCGGGGCCUUGCAGAGUGGUCUCGUAGUUUGUUAUUUCCAAUCAUUUGUUUACAACCGGAAAUUAGUUACGAAAUAUUUCCUCGACAACGCACUCCUUCGUGAUACAUUGCGACUGAAAGUGACGAUACAUUAUCUCGCGCGGCUCAGUAACCUCCGAUUCGCUUUUGUGUUGAAUGAUUCAUCACUCGAUCAACUGGCAUUCUUCUCGACCAAGAAGGAAAUCCAAAACGGCUUCCACGAAAACAACAAUCACCUCCGGAAAAAUUCUACAACUCCGAACGACUGGUCGUGCCCAUCCUCGGACGAUGAAGACGUCUCGCAAACUAAGGCCAAAUCUGUCACAGUUCAGGCUGACGUCCACUCUUUCACCUCAUCACCGUUCGUUCAGGAGCCGAUCUCUGGACAAUUCGAUAGCCUCGGGCCGGACAGCCUGGAACGCGCAAUCGAGCUGGAGGAAGGCGUGCCGCUAGACGAAAUCGAAGUAUCGGGAGCGGAGCGUUUCGAUAUAGCUCAACUUCUGGCCAAAGAAUCGCUCCUCAAAUACGUGGAAGACUUAUUCGAAGAAGAGGACGAAUCUUUCUACAAGGUUUUCCUCAGUUACUAUUACCGAGUAGAACAGCAGCAUCUCUCGCUGAUAUUCCUGGUGUUGACGAACCAAAGACUGAUAUUAUUGAAAACCACCGACGGCUAUUCGUUGACUUUGGUGGCUUCAUUGCCUUUACUGCAUAUCCGACAACUAUGGCUGGCUCUAGACUACCAGGCUAUCGAGGUUGUUUGGACUUCUCCUCGCGAGGUGUUUCGGAGUCCGGAUUAUGCGCCUGCAAAAGCUACCGGGGCCAAUCUUCAGCUGGUGAUGCUCUGCGCAGAGCAGUGCACGUGGGUCGUGAGCCACCUGGAAAUCGCCAUGAGACGACUGGGUGUCAAAGACAAGGCUCUGCCCAUCAUAAAACACAACUGUCGCCCUACGACCGUCUUGCUCAAGGAUUGGGCCCCUGUCCGGCAUGUGCUCUGGGGCUCAUGCGAGAGGUUCGCCUCGAGAGAAGUCUACGAGAGGAAUGCCAGUCUCUCACGAAUGAUCGUGUCCCGCUUGUACUAUAGGAAUGUCCCGAAGAGAAUCCAACGGGGAAUGGAAAGUACAAUACUUUGGCGCAGCGCUCGAUUCGAGCUCAAAGGGACUACAUUAGAACAGUACGAUCUUGAGAGCGAUGUCACUCCGACGGCUGUCUACAGUUUGGCGGACCCGGCCUGUGGCGGCGUUCAACUAUGCAUGGAAAAUCCGAAACCGUUUUCGUUCCGAGUUCUGUGGAGCAAUGAACCCAACCUGGAACUGGCCGCUGAAAGUGAAUUCGAAUUCUCGGAAUGGCUCCACUCCUUGCUCAGGAGCUAUCAGAAGCAUCGAAGCAAUGGGAAAUCCAACUCUCCUACGAAAAACAACGGGCCACAGGGGACCAUGGGCGCUAGUUUAUGCAGUGUCGUUCUAGAGACGGACAGUCUGCUCAUAUGUCAGGGACCCGAGGUGCGCGAGAGGGUCAGCUUUCAACAGAUAAAUUCGAUAGCUACCCAUCACAAUUCGUUUCUCGUCGAAUGCGUGCAUCUGAAAGAUGUGGCGCGGAGCAAAAAAGAUCCCAAAUCAUUCUUCACCUGGUUAAUAAGCUUCUACGGAGAAGCGGAGGCACACGUGUUCUUCGCCCAUGUGAAGCAUUUCCGGAGCACCGUGACCUGUCGCUUCGUGAGGGACUCUACGACGCAAGGGAUUUGUUGUGAGCCUCGGGAGAAAACAUUCAAUCAGAUGUGCUCUUAUGCGGCCAAGUUUUGUGAUAUAAUCGCCUAGAAAAGGGGCAAGGUAAUCCCAAAGUGGCUAAGGUUGCAGAGGAAUCCGAGUUCCCCACUUUCG